ACUUACUGCCCCGCACAUUGAUUUUUCACUACUAAGGUUAAGAGUAACUUCUUUACCUAUUACUAGAAGUGCUUUUUUUGUCCCUCUCUAGUACUUAGACAACGUUAUUGUACAGCCUGAAAAACGCGCAAUCCCCCAAGUGAAACUCGACUGGUCUCGUCUCCCGUCUCAACCAAUUUAUUGUUGCGUCAAGGUAAGACUGACCAUGGUAACUGCCGAAGUGCCACCACUCACGAUGAAAAGAAUUACUCCAGGAUGAAGAGGCCAGAGAAGUAGUCAAGAAGAUACAGACAGGACAGACUUGUUAGAAACUUUGAAGUAGAAAUGGGUCCGUCGAAUUGAAUGCAUCCUCCACCCCUGACCAUGCCGUAUUAACGAUGGUUUCCAAACAGGAGGAACACAGAGCAAUCGGCGCUUAGCACUCUGCACUGUGGCAUUUUGGCGACCUUCUUUCGAGAAGGAAAAAGCAACAACUGGUUUUGCUAGCAGAACGCGUCGAAGAGUUACUGAGGCCAACUGCGAUUCAACGCUACCCGAAGCCUUUCUUGACCAUCUACUCGGGCCUGGAACAUCUUCAUCUUGUUUUUUUUUUCAAUUUGGCGCCUAUCUUGUUUGCAAGUUGCUUGAUCCAAUUCUCACGCCUUUCCCCCCUCUGGUUUGCGACUUUCAGAUUCAUUUAAUAGAAUAAUUUGCAAAGAUGGGUAAAGUUCACGGAUCGCUCGCUCGUGCCGGUAAGGUUAAGAACCAAACACCUAAGGUCGAAAAGCAAGAAGAGGGAAAGAAGCAACCGCGAGGACGUGCCAAGAAGCGACUUCAAUACAACCGUCGUUACGUGAACGUUGUAACGGGUAUGGGAGGAAAGAAGGUUGGACCUAACUCCAACGCUGACAAGAUGAAAUAAAUAAUCAACGAAUAGGCAUAAUAUUCUUUGUCGCUCACCUACUCCUUAUACAUACAUACUAAGCAAAGCAAUCAAACACCCCCUUCAAUUUCAAAUUUCCGACUGUGCAAAUCAUGUUCCCGAGGUCCCAGAGAUGGAUUCGAUCCAGUCGAACUGAGACGAACCAGGUUAUGAUCAAAAUAACUGUUUAGAAGCGAAACUCUUGCAGUUGUUGAUGUAUGACAAUGACUGUACGCGUUCAGCGUUUGUGUAGUAGUAUGCCUUUGCAACACAAUCCAUUCCAAAAAUACUAAGAACUCGCCUGUAGAAAAAAGUCGCGAGCCCGCACCGUCGCCAGGCCGACGAAUGUAGUCUACCCACUUCUCACAGAAUUCAUAUUUCGACCAUCGUAUGAACCACUGUUUCUUCCGGCAAUACGUUCGAAGUACGUGCCCUCGCGAUCGAAUGUUAUUGCAUGCAUUCAUACCCCGACGAAGACGCUUUUGUGGCUACGAAGGAUCACUAGCAGGGCUGGGCUCCACCUUUCAGCGAGAACCGACUGCGGACUAUCCUUCGCCCGAUACAAACUACCAAACACCAGUUGGUGAAUAAGAUUGCCUCAGAAUACUCCAAAUGUCCAAUGUUUGCAAAUUUUGCGACCAAACAUUUGGUUCGAGGAAUGCUCUCUUUCGGCAUCUUCGAAGCAGCAGAAACUGUUUCGAGCAAGUCACAAAAUUGCAAGACGGAACAAACAACGGCGUAAAGAACGUUCUCGAUUUCUUUGAAAAAUUGGACAAGCGAAGAGUGGCCAUCCAGUUUGGAUAUUGUGGUUCAGAACAAUGCAAUGACGACUGCGAUACUGAAAAUAUACCAGACAAGGCAACCGAAAGAACGAACGAAAUUGCUGCUACUAUCGUUUGCAAAACGUUUUUUCUUGCGUUGAAAGAUGAGUACCCGUCUACACCCGUCAUCAGACAAGAUGGAGACAAGAGAGAACCGAUAUUUACUUUGGCGUCGGGAGCCAUUUUGCGACACCCGUCGCUAGUGCAAGAGAGUAACUGCAGUGCGCUGGCGGAUGUGGUUGGAAUCAGUUAUGAGUGGGGGGCAUCAAAAGGAACUAGAGACGAUACCGAAAGCCUCGUUCACCGGAUGCAGAUACGUAUUGAUGAGUUGAUUGCCGAAAGGAGAAAUACUGGCUCGCUGUCGUGUAUCAGUGUUCUCGGUAUUGAGAGCCUGGCAGCAUCGAGCAACUUCCACGCCGAAAAAGACUGCACACAAAGAGCUUAUCAAUAUUUGGUUCCAGUUCAUUGGAUCGACAAGAGCACAGACACUCGAGAAUGGAUCCAUUCAAAACUUCGAGUGACAACCGAUGGUCAACAGGAGGUUCAAGAUCGUGGAACACCAUCCUCGCUUAUUAAAUUCAAGAAGACACUAAAGCUUGCAGAGAGUCGGGAUGUUACCCAGAUUUCUUCGUCUUCGGCAGCUGUAGUUUCAUCACCUGGUCGGUACGGACUUCUUUGGAAAAAGGAAAGGCGAUCUUUUCAUAAUUUUUGCGAUCCAUCUUUAGGGUCCGGAAGUAUGGCAAGUCCAAGUAACGAAAAUGUAUGGCGAACUAUAGAUAGAUGUCGUCUUCAUAGCUUUGUCAUCGACGAGAUGAAUUCAAAUGAACCGUUUGUUGUCAUCGAGAUACGAGGGGACGGAUUUGUAGCACAACAAGUACGUCGUAUUGUGGCCACCUUGGUUGCCAUUUCAAACGAUUGGCUCCCGGUAGGAUUCUUGGACUCAGCGACUCGUGCCGACAUUACAAUCGAAACGCCAAUUGCUCCCGCUGAAUUGAUGUAUUUCAGCUCUGCACGGUUUCAUUUUCUUGAUCUUAUUCUCCCGUCAUCUUUGUUUGAGACAAAGUUUGCAUAUGAUCGUGGUUCAUCGUGGCGAACAUCAUUGCAUUCAAAGGUGUUGCGAAGAUGGGGCAAGAAGGUCGAAGAGGACGCUAGGUGGAUAAGUAAACUAAUUAACAACACAAGCCCGCGCAUUCGAUCGGAACUUAAAGAACAAACGAAAGCUGCGAGCUCUCAACUAGUGGAAACUGAAGAUAGCCAACACAAAUCGAUCGAUGAAGUAAUUCCACGUGCGAUUGCACCAGAGCCUUAUCGGAAAGUUCUCUCUUUACUUCACAACAUUUGUGACAACGAAAAGUGGCCACGAACGCCGGAUGCAAAAUCGCGAUUCAUCCGAUCGCCAUACAGAAUUUUGUACGGGGAGAAUCAGAAGCAUAACACAUGUUCAAAUAGAAGAUCCCGACCAAUAUCUUCCGAGUUUCAAGGACAGCUCUUCCAGAUCGGAUCAUUUACAGUUGUCAACCCGAAAAUAUUUGGAGGAAAAAGCGUGGGGAUUAACGCAGAAUUCCCAGAACUCGUUGAAGCUGUUUUUGAUCUAGAGACAUAUUGUUUGUCAAGAAGCACAGAAAUUUUUUAUGACAAGAAACCAGUAGCGUGUCCCCUAGGCAGAUCUUCGCAUUGUAUGAUAAGUCGAAACGCAGAAUUUACCCCGCACUUUCUUAACGGCCAAGGUGGAGAAGAAAGUUGUACAAUGAUUGUUGGUCUGGGUGAUUACAUUGAUGGGGACUUCAUUAUUGAUGGGAAGCACUUUGACAUCCGCUAUCAACCCCUGCAGUACAAUGGAUGGAGACAAAUCCAAUCGACAGGUUGCUUUCGAGGAGAACGAUUCUCACUGGUAUGGUUCACGCCUAAAACAAGAAUCGAUUCGAUGUCAAACAAGAAUAUGAGCUUUGAGGAUUCACUUGCUAAGGCGCUAACAAAGAAACACGACUUAUUACUUCCAUCGUAUCCUCAAUUAAGAUUUCGAUUAAAAUCGACAGAUUCAUUGGUGAUAAACGAGAUUCUGGAUUCAGAAUCAGGUUGUACCUAUGAAUUGUCCGAAAAGGCAUGGUCGAGCAUGGUUGGAAAUAAGAACGGAAAGAAAGGAGCUCGAAGUGGAUUCUUCGUAAUUGGCCACGAGUCUGUGUUAGAUAUUGGUGCUCAUAUAGGCGUCUUUAGCAGGUAUACGCUCAGCGUCGGAUGCAAAAAAAUCAUUGCAUAUGAACCCGAGCUCGAGAAUGCAAAGCUUCUCGAGCACAAUCUAAAACCUAUUAGCUGUGACGAGAGCGAAAGCAAAUGGAACGAGGGAGGUCACAUUAUAAGGAACUUUGCUGUUGCUCAUGGGGAACCAGGACAGUGCAAUUUUGUCAACGCUAGAAAUAGAAGCGACGGAACGCUGAACUCAUGGAGGCAUUCUUUAGAGAAAUAUUCGAGCUACGUUGACAGGAAAGGAGCUAAUCUAGUAUCUAGGCAACAGAAUGCUGUCCUAGAUCGCUCCCGAGUUCAAACAAUUCCAUUUUUUGGGGAUGCUGGUGCGUUGGAACCGGGAAUUACAUUCGUGAAAAUGGAUUGUGAAGGAGCAGAGAUUGAUAUUCUGUUGGCAGCCGAGGCUUCUCGUAGUGCCGAUUGGUUAGAUGUAACACAUCUUGUGUUUGAGUGGUCUUUUACCAAAGAACGUCGCGUAGCAAAGUUCCACAAAGCAGUAGCAAAUCUGACAGUCGCAGGAUUCGAGGUCGUGUAUCAGGGGCAAGGAUCAUGGUGGGAUACUGAACCUAAUUCAAUGUGGCCAUACCACAACGAUCUGGUUGUUUUUGCGAGAAAGCGAAACGACACUUGCAGUUGAUUCCGCGCAUAUAGCAUUCGAAACGAAAUAACUGAUAGAUUGAUGGACAGUACAGUAUUAGUAGUGGUAAAGUAUUGUUCCAAUAGAGGAGAUGGAAGUUUCAAGUUGCAAGUACUUGUUAUUUGUUAUUACAAACUCGAAAACAUUUUAGGUCUUGCCUGCAGGGAACGUUAAGUGUAUCCUAAUACAGAACUACCGUACUUCUUGUACGUACCCGGGUAGAGGUGUCAUACGCGGGUAACUGCUCAUAACCUGUGGAAUACCAUCAGGCUCUCUCAUGUCAUAUGAAUACGUACGUCUUUACAAUAAAGAGUGAGGGUAUUU